AUGGAAGGACGGACGAAGGCGGCGGCCGCGGCUCCUGCCGGAAACUCGAGCGCGCCUGCCCAAGCACCGGAAAAGCCACAGCAAGAAGGCGCAUUUCCUAAAGCCUCGCGAGUAUUCACCUGUAUGCCGCUAAAAUGCUAUGUUUUGUGCGGAGAACAACACGAAAAUGAAGAAACGAUCGAGCAGCUGAAUCCCACUGCGAUGGAUGAGGAACUGGUAGACCAUGCAGCAGUGCUCCGCGAGGGACUUCCCGGUUUUCUCAUGCAUCGAGAAGGAGGAAGUAUUCGUUGUAUUAUCAAGCUUAACUCCAUGCGCACGGCACUCCUGCUGAAGGCCGGCAACAAAGGGAGAACGAUUCCUUUGGAGCAAAUUCAGAGCGUCUUUUACGGCGAUGAGCUGAAGCGAGUGGACGCGUUCGAUGCGGACAACACCGCGUGCGUCGCCAUACACCUCGUUUCUGGCUCUGCGAUUCCCAUCGUGUUUCCGGAUGAAAAGUUGAAAUUCGCCUUUCUCGAUGCUAUCGAGUCGCUCCAGUUCGGGCCUAUGCAAUCUGCUGGUCAGGACAGAAGACCAGCGUAA